UGCUUGUUUAAACUUUAAAAGAUUCGAAUUGGUGGAGAAAUCGAUUGAAUAUUAGCAUAAGUACAUCAUAUUAGAAAAGCACUGAGACUCUGCAAUAUACAGGAGUUUUAGAUGCUUUUGGAUUCUUACAACAUUCUGGGAAACAUUCAUAUAUUUCCAUUUAAAUAGAGCAGAUUGCGAGGAUAUCCUAGUCUUAGUUCUUGGACAUGGCGGUAUUUUAUUACAGUGUGGGGCUUAACAACCGGCUAUUCGUUGAAUUGUAGCAAAGUAGUGAGAGGGCGACGGGGAUUUUCAAGUAUGGAGGAUGCUUAAUUUGAAACGUUAGAAGUCUGAAAGCUGCCGUAGAGAUCAACAAGAUAGCGUCUUUUCUUUACAGGCCAGCCAGCCUAAGGUGACAGUUUACCGCCAUUAAUUGUGCAUCAACAACCUGAUACAAAGCUAUGGCAUGCACAUCGAUGACUACCCCUACCUCUCAAGCUGCCUCAGCGGCGAAAGAUGGAUGCAAAGAAGAGAUCAAUGGCCUUCGCCGAUCACACUCUGGCAUAAACCUUCAUAAGAGUGUAGGCAUUCAAAGGUCUUAUUCGGAUAACCACCUCUGUUACUCUAUCAAUCGAAUACGUGCUGCAUCAACAAAACCAACCCUGAAGUAUAGCCGUUCUGUUGGGAUUUUCCCGACGCUCCCAUUCCAAAUAUCCAGUUCCAUAAUUCCAAACACUUUUAGAUCAUUUUUGUUUGACCUGGAGACGAGUAAGGAUUUGAGUCUAGUGGACAAGGAUGUGAAUAUUGAUAAGAACUCCAUGGAAAACAAUGAAGAAGAGAAUAAAAUCAAUAGAGCGAAUUGGGUGAAUAGGUUGCUGGAGAUUCGACGUCGCUGGAAUUAUAAACAACUAGAAGAGGGCGUGGAUGGAGUUGGGAUUUAUGAUGAGCAUGAAAGUGGCGAUGGUGAUGGAGACGAAGGUGGCUGUGAGGUGAACUAUGACUCGGAUGAAGAGGGAGGUGGAGGAGGUGAAGUGAAAUAUGACCGUGAAUCUUUCUCGAAAUUAUUGGCUCGGGUGCCAUGGUCCGAUACCAAGCUUUUUUCUCAGCUCGCCUUCUUGUGCAACAUAGCGUAUGUUAUACCAGAGAUUAGGGAAAAGGAUUUAAGAAAACAUUAUGGCCUACGGUUAGUAACAUCGUCCCUAGAAAAGAAAGCAGAAGCGGCUACAAUCAAAGCAAAAUUAGAUCAGGACUCUACUCGCGUACCUGUUGCUGCCUCAGAAAAUACUGAAUCGAAGUCAGUAAAAGCUGAGGGAUCAGAGCAGAAGCGCCCAAUCCGCUUAUCUGUUGUUUAUGAAAUUGCUGCUUCAGCUGCAUGCUAUGUUCAGUCACGGGCAAAAGGCCUAUUGUCCCCUGGCUCUAAGUCACAGGAGGAUGCUGGUGGCACGGAUUCAUGCAGAUGUGGAGACCAGCCAGAAAUGGAGGGGGAGAAUUCGCCCCGAAUAUAUAACUCAGAGGUGGCUGCUUACGUGGCAGCAUCAGCAAUGACCGCUGUCGUUAGAGCUGGGGAGAGGGAAAAACAAGAGACAGCAAAGGACCUUCAGUCGCUAGACUCAUCGCCUUGUGAAUGGUUUGUUUGUGAUGACUUAAGCACAUAUACCCGCUCUUUUGUAAUUCAGGGGUCAGACUCUCUAGCGUCAUGGCAGGCAAACCUUUUCUUUGAGCCUACUAAUUUUGAGGGAACCGAUGUGCUUGUUCAUAGAGGAAUUUAUGAAGCUGCAAAGGGCAUUUACGAACAACUCAUGCCAGAAAUUAUGGACCAUCUGAAGAGGCAUGGAGAUCGUGCAAAGCUUCAAUUUACCGGUCAUUCCCUUGGGGGUAGUCUUUCUCUUUUAGUUAACUUGAUGCUGCUAACUAGGAAGGUUGUAAAGCCUUCUGCUCUUCGACCAGUUGUCACUUUUGGCUCACCGUUUGUGUUCUGCGGAGGCCAAAAGAUACUAGAUGAAUUGGGUCUAGAUGAGAACCAUGUUCAUUGUGUGAUGAUGCACCGAGACAUUGUCCCUAGAGCCUUCUCCUGCAAAUAUCCGAACCAUGUGGCUGUUGUCCUCAAGCGUUUGCCUGGUUCCCUCCGAUCUCACCCCUGUCUGCUUAAAAAUAAACUUUUGUAUACACCACUAGGCAAAGUAUUCAUUCUCCAACCUAAUGAGAAGUUAUCACCUCCGCACCCACUAAUCCCUCCAGGAAGUGCUCUUUAUGCUCUGGACAAUACACAUUGUGAAUACUCCACGAAGGCCCUUAGGGCCUUCCUUAAUUGCCCCCAUCCAUUGGACACUCUCAGCGAUCUUACAGCCUAUGGCUCAGAAGGUACUAUUUUAAGAGAUCAUGACUCCAGCAACUACUUGAAAGCAGUUAAUGGGGUCUUAAGGCAAGACAAAAGGGUGGAUGUCCGCCGGGCGAGGAUACAGAGAAGCUUAUUGUGGCCAUUGCUUGUUUCGCCAUCUCCCCACUCAUGGAGCCAUGAUAGAACUUUAGAGAGCAGCAUGUUAUCAAAUAAGGAGAUAAUGACCGGUGUGUGA